CAGUAUAAAUGCGUAAGCAGCUUGAAGCUCUGGCUACAUGGGCAGCAUGGCCAUGGUUCUCGUGUGAGAUUGUCCACCCAGCUCAUUUUAGCACGACCAGCAGUGUUCCUUGCUAACGUGCGCCCCUGCGCGCAUAGUUCCCACAUCCAGUUAAAGCCGUUGAACUCCAUGGAUAGCUCUUCGCCCCAGCAUAGGAUUCCAUUGAAUACCACAUUGCUUACAAUUCCUCCUUCACUAAGUGUAGAACAAGAUGGAGGGAUGAGACCAAUCGUGACGAGCCGAACACAGUCAUCAGUAGUCGAGAAAUGCAUUGGGCCCAUCCAUCGGAAGGGCACUUUGGGGUACGCAUUGGAAGAAGAUCGGUCCGUUUCUAGAAAAUCACUAGAUGUGGUCCAAUUCCUUUCGCGUUCUUGGAGCACGUCUACAUUGCAAGCUUUUCGGACCAUUUCGGAAGGCUUAGAUUGCGAAUUGGAGUUGAAUUUGGGAGAUGAUCAUGAGAAGAAGGAAGAGAGAGAUUGCAAGAGAAAAGAGGCCCCAAUGAGUGGAAAUGGCCGUUCAACGACGUGGAUGCAACGGUCAGUUCGACGUCUUCGCCAGAGCUGGGUCGACAUGAUCAAGACGAACCAAGCUAUGAAUUGGAUGAGAGAGAAGAUAUGUCCACGUAAGAGGGAAGGGAGAAAGGAGGAGAUGAGGAUACAUGCAGCCAUAUCUGUGGCUGGAGUCGCGGCGGCCCUUGCCUCUCUAUCAUCAAAAUCCGCCCUUGGAAACACAGCUGACAAGAAAAAGCUAGCCAUUGCAGCGGCCGCUGCCCUCGUGGCCGCUCAAUGUGCGGAUGUAGCAGAGCUAAUGGGGGCCCACCACCAGCACGUCUCUUCCAUCAUCAGGUCUGCCGUCUCGGUGGCCACCCCUACCGAUAUUCUUGCGCUAACAGCGGCUGCAGCAACAUCUCUAGAAGGAGCCCCCAUUGGAAGAGGGAGACUUGCGAAAGGAAAGCGUCGCCAGCCAACAAUCUCCUGUGAAUACUCUAAAGAGUUUGAUUUCACCAGGAAUAAGGAAAUUCUUGCUGAAGGGACGGAGCUUCCAACUUCUAUAAACAACAGGAAGACCAAACUGAAAAUCGUGCACGUUUAUGCCAAGCUAUCGCUUGUAAUCGCAAGAGUGAGAACCAAGCAUGUGGGCGGUGCUUUCACAACAUUCAAGGACUAUACCAUACUGGAGGUGGCCGAUGAAUCAAAGGACGGUAAGGAAGGGGCGUAUUUCACCAACGAAGUGAAUGGGUAUUGCGUCAUUUGCAUUAGAACUCCUCAUGGAAGCAUCCACGUUACCUUCAAAGACGAUGAGGAGUGCAGCCUUUGGACAGCGACCAUCUCCCAGCUUCUCUUCUUAUCAAAGCAAGCAGAAAGCCUGCCACUCUCACGUACCAAUCAGUUUCCGCAUGUGUGAAUUCUCCAUCAAGGCCAUCCGUAAUAAAAUGUGUUUCGCUUGGAACUUUUCUAACCGUUGGUGUGGAUUUUGGAACAAAUGAUCCUCCAUGUCAGUGGUCACUGGUCAGUAGUCUGUCUGGAGUGCAAAACAAUCUCCACUGCAUGUGUCCCAUGUACGUUAACAGAAAUCAUAAGCAGUGAAAACAUUGCAGAUGGGCUAUGGUUCAAAAAUUGCACAGAGCAGACGAUCCUGAUAUUUACUUCCAUCUUUUCCCUUCCAGUUUCAAUUUCUUCUGCAGCAUAUGCAUUUUAUGC